CACAUUCACAAAUUCAUUCUCUCCAUCCCAUCACAAAACAUCAAACAGCCAGUCUUCUGUUUCUUUCUUUCAUUCUUUCGUACAGCUGUGCUGUCCUUUCGUUUCUUGCCAUCGCUCGAAUAGUUCUACUUUCGCUUCUCCCUUGACUAAACCAGCUACUCUGUCGUUGACGGCCCAGCAUCGCUCGACUUCUUAGCCUUAUCAGAGCAUAUCAUAUUUCAAUAUGCGUUUCUCUAUUGCCCUUAUUGCCGCAGCCGCUUCCGCGGUGAAUGCCGGCGUCUUCACUCAAAAGACCUACAACGACAUCUCAAUCUCUGGCGGUGUCGCCGGUAACGCGGAGAAUGAAGCACUUGCAGUAUUCAGCGCGCUAAACCAGAACAACCUGGCUAGCGCCGACGAAGACGAUAUCGACUUCCUCAAGUCGGUCAAUAGCAUCUGCAACGAUGCCGAGGAUAACGCCUUUAACCCAGCCAUCGACGCGGCUUCCGGCGAUGCUGCUGACGCCCUUCAGCGCGGCAAGAUCAAGAACAAGGUCCUCAAGCUCGAGGCUACCAUUCUGCGCCUCAAGAUUCAACAAGCACAAGGAGAUGACGUUGCGAGUGAUAUGGCAGCGGAGCAGAAGAAGCUUGACAACAACAUUUCUCAAGACGAGGCCGAGGCUGGACAGCCAUCGACCUUCCUGUCCUUCGACGCCACGACAUCUUAAGAGAGUAGUUGGCUAAGAGGCCCGGUGUUUGGAAAGGAGGAAUACCCGUGUCGACAAAUCACACCAGAUUCUACAUACCUGGUUUUUUUUCAGGGGUGGAGCAAGGAAUAGAUACGAUGAACCUGCCUCUUGACUACCUAUGUACUAAACCAUCACGAUUGAGCGUGGCUGGACCUACGCAACCCCCUUAAUGGAGACUCAGUCAAGUUUGCCGCCCGCCUAUCAAUCUAGGUAAAUAUAAUCAGAAAAAUCGCUACGUAGCAUAUUUCUCGUAAGUUCAAGACGCAAAUUUCACAAGAGUUGUUUAUUGAUC